AGACCGAAGAAAGUUGCAACAGAAGCCAAACAGACCGGAACAUGUGUGGAAGAGCGCGUUGUACUCUGAGAGUCGACGAUAUCCCCAGGGCUUGUCACCGCACCAACGGCCCCGUCCGCACCGUUAACACGGACAGGUACCGCCCGUCGUAUAAUGUUGCACCAGGUUCGAAUUUUCCGGUUGUCAGGAGAGAUGAUGGAUCUGACGGCGAAGGUGUUGUUCUACAUUGUAUGAAAUGGGGACUAAUUCCUAGUUUCACUAAGAAAUCUGAGAAACCUGAUUUUUAUAAGAUGUUCAAUGCACGAUCUGAAUCAGUAUCUGAAAAGGCUUCUUUUCGACGUCUGCUUCCUAAAAGCCGAUGCUUAGUGGCAGUAGAAGGAUUCUAUGAAUGGAAAAAAGAUGGCUCAAAAAAGCAACCUUACUACAUUCACUUUAAAGAUGGCAGGCCUCUUGUGUUUGCAGCUCUUUAUGAUUCUUGGGAAAGCUCUGAAGGUGAGAUAUUUUACACUUUUACCAUACUUACAACGUCUUCAUCAUCUGCUUUACAGUGGCUGCAUGACAGGAUGCCUGUGAUUUUGGGUGAUAAGGGAGCAACAGACAUAUGGCUAAAUGGUUCUUCAUCUUCCAAAUUUGAUAUGAUGCUUAAACCAUAUGAAGAUUCGGAUUUGGUUUGGUAUCCGGUGACACCUGCAAUGGGUAAGGCAUCUUUUGAUGGGCCAGAGUGCAUUAAGGAGAUACAGUUGAAGACAGAGGGGAAGAAUCCUAUCUCAAACUUUUUCUUGAAAAAGGAAAGCAAAAAUGAAGGAUGUUUAAACUUUUUGAAUACAAAUACAAGUUCGAUUGACGAGUCUGUGAAGGCAAAUCUGCCAAAAGGCUCGGAGGAAGAACCCAACAAGGAAAUAAAAGAAGAACAAGAAUUGAACCUAGGCUAUAAUUCAUUUGAUAGAUCUGCAGAGACAAUUCCGUCAAAAAGCCUGAAAGAGGCACUCGUUACUGCAGAUGACAUAGGAACACAGGCUUCUUCAGCGAAAGCAGAGCAUGAUUUAAAAUCACUUGUUUCUAUACUUCCUAAUGAGGGUACCAAAAAGUGUAAAACCAAGCGAGACUAUGAGCGGUUUCUAGCUGAUUCAAAGCCACCUAUAGGUAGAACUGAUAAGUUGGGCGUUAGUCCUGUCAAGAGGAAGGGAAACCUUAAGGAUGGUGAUGAUAAACAGCCGACACUGUUUUCCUACUUCGGGGAAAAAUAGUUCCUCUGGUUUUGGAUUCUGGCUAUAAAAAUGAUGUCCACCUAUGUAAUUGACAUUAACAGUUUAUGUAUGACUACAAAAAUGCUGUCUACCUUUGUAAUUGACAUUUAACACUUUAUGUAGAAUCAGGUAGUGGUUUUGGACGGAACAAUUAUGGCUUGUCAGGGGAGUUAUCUGCAUGCAGGCAUUUUUGGGCAUGGCUUAUGUGUGUCUAGUUCCUGCUGGGAGAACCGUUUGAUUACAAAAACACUGUAUUUUGUAAAUAUAUUGCAGUGUAGACUAUAGAGACUUUCAUGAUAUUUGGUGAC